AUGUUGAAACUUAUAACUGGACGUGGCAUUGGCAAUACUGCUUCAAAGGAUGCAUUCAUCUAUUUCUUUAACGGUUGUACUAUUGUGGGGAUAAACCCACCAAAAAAUGCUGGUCCGCUAUAUUAUAUGUGGUCAUUUUUGGUUAAUGUAACCUGCAUAUUAAUUGCACCAAUUACUGGCACACUUGGCUUCGUUAUACAAUAUAUUCAAAAUAUCCUUACAACUGUACAAUUUCUAAGCGGUUUACAGGCUGGUAUAAAUUUGAUAGGCUUACCAGUGAAAUGUUUAACGGUGACAAGCGCCUUGAAGCGAUUGUGCGGCAUGGAGCCAACUUUGGCGAUGAUGGAUGCACGAUAUACCAGACCCGAAGAUCUGGCCUUAAUACGGAAAGCUGCAGUCAUGGGCAAUAGAUUGGUAUUUUUUUUUGGCACGUCAUAUCUGAUGUAUAUGCUAUUUACGGUGAUACCGCCCUUAAUCAAUGGUAAAGUGCCACUUUCGAUAUGGAUCCCGUUUUUCGAUAAGCAUCAGUCAGCACUACACUUUUUCGGGCAAAUAGUUUAUGACUUGUUCUUAAUGUUUUUCAUAUUGUUUCAUCAAUCUCUAUACGAUUCAUAUGGAUCGGUAUAUAUUUAUGUUAUAAAUACGCAUUUACAAUUAUUAGUGCGUCGCGUCGAUCGUUUGGGUACAGAUGCUACGAAGAGUAAGGAUGACAACUUGAAUGAGCUGGUUGAUUGUGUUGUCACGCAUCAACAGAUACUAGAAUUGCUGGCUACAAUUGAACCGAUUAUUUCCAAAACAAUGUUUACACAAUUCCUAAUUAUCUCUUCGAUUUUGUGUGUGAUCAUGGUGAAUAUGUUCUUUUUCGCCGAUCGCAGCACCCAAAUCGCGUCGACUUUCUACUUCAUGUGCGUUCUAUUGCAGACAUCGCCGUGUUGCUAUUUCGCUACUGAAUUGAGGGCAGAGAGCGAGAAAUUGCCAUUGGCCAUUUUCCAUUGCAACUGGGUUGAGCAGGAUCAGCGUUUUCGCAAAGUGAUUCUAUAUUUUAUGCAUCAUGCUCAAUUGUCUAUUGAAUUGAUGGCCAUGAAGUUGUUCCCCAUUAAUGUGGCAACAAAUAUUUCGCUUGCUAAAUUCUCGUUUACACUUUUUACAUUCAUCAAGGAAAUGGGAAUAGGCCAGCAUGCCAAAAAUUAAAAUAAAAUUGCAAUGGAAAAUUAAAUACAAAUUUAAAAUUUUUGGUAGUGUUUUUAUAUUUGCAAAUAUAAUUGUAGCUGCUUAAACUGCAUCUUGCGCUUGAACUUUACAAGGA